UGGGAAGACGUUCACGAAAACACCGCUGUAAAUAAAUAGAAACAAUCACUGAAGCCAGAGAACCAUGGAGAACCAGUGCACAGUUCAGGUGAAGCUAGAGUUGGGUCAUAGAGCCCAGCUGAGGAAGAAGGUGACAUCAGAGGGCUUUACCCACGACUGGAUGGUUUUUGUCCGAGGGCCAGAGACCGGCGACAUCCAGCACUUUGUAGAUAAGGUCGUCUUCCGUCUGCAUGAGAGCUUCCCCAAGCCCAAGAGAGUAUGUAAGGAGCCACCGUACAAAGUAGAGGAAUCAGGCUACGCAGGCUUCCUGAUGCCUAUUGAAGUCUACUUCAAGAACAAGGAGGAGCCAAAGAAGGUAUUCUUCAACUACGACUUGUUCCUUAACUUGGAGGGAAACCCCCCUGUAAACCACCUGCGCUGUGAGAAGCUCACCUUCAACAACCCCACCAAAGAGUUCAGGAGGAAACUGGUCAAGGCUGGAGGGGUAAUGGUGGUUCCAGAGGGGGCUGAAGCCAUGUCAAGGCCUAGUCCAGACUAUCCCAUGCUCCCUACCAUUCCCCUCUCUGCCUUCUCUGACCCUAAGAAGACAAAGACCUCACACGUGUCAAAGGAGCCCAGUAAAGAGGGCAGUGGUGGAAGUAGCAAAGGACCAAAACCCCACAAGUUGACCAAGGAGCACCGCGAACGGCCCCGCAAAGACUCUGAGAGUAAGGCCACCUCCAAAGGGGACAGCGAUCGCGACGGAGGCGGCAAGAGUGGACGCGAUCCUUCUUCCUCCUCCUCAUCCUCAUCUAAGAAGCCGGCGGAGAUCAAAGUGAAAGAGGAGGGCAAGGUCCUGCCCAAGGCCGCUUUCAAGGAGCCUAAACUCACCCUGAAGGAGGCCAAGAUGGAAAGCAUGUCCCCAAAAGGAGGGGGCGGUGGGGGAGGAGGAGGAGGUGGGGGGCCUACAGAUUCUAAAGCCCCGGGGAAGCGGCCCUCCACGGUGGAGUCUCCCAAGCCCAGCGCAAAGAAGCAGAAGAAGGGCAGCUCAGAGGGGCUGAAGGGGGCAGCUGGCGGGAGCUUCACAGGAACCUCUCCCCGCAUCUCCUCCUCGUCUGCAGCCAGCCAGCCGUACGCCGAGAAGAAACCUCCCAAGGAGAAAGGGCGUUGGGUCAAAGGCAAGACUGACACACAAGAGCUAAAGGAGCCCAAAAAACUUCCAGAGUCAGAUGACUCAAAUUCAGAAGAUGAAGCCUCCUCCAAAUCAGAGCAGUCAGUUCCUUCCAGUCCAUCCAACUCCAGCUCCAGCUCAGACUCCAGUUCUGACUCCGACUUCGAGCCGGGACAGAAACAAGGACAAGGUCCCCUGCGUUCCAUGGUUGAGGAGAUCCAGUCAGAGGAGUCAGAUGACAAUGACAGCAGCUCAGAGGAGGAGACGCCGGUCAAGACCAAUCCCCCCAACCGGGACUCCAGGCUCAGCCUAGACAGCGAGAGUGACAGCAGUGACGGCUCACACCGCCCCAGUCGAGACCCCGCCCCGCCCCUGCAGAAGCACAGCUCCUCCAAUAACAAGGCCUACACAGAGGAGUUGGUGGACCUCCAUCGUAGACUGAUGGCUCUUAGAGAACGCAAUGUUUUACAGCAGAUUGUCAACCUGAUCGAGGAGACGGGCCACUUCAACGUGACCAACACCACCUUUGACUUUGACCUCUUUUCAUUGGAUGAGUCCACCGUCCGCAAACUACAGAGCUACCUGGAAGCCACGGCCACGUGACAGGAAAUGGAGGUCCAUGCUGCAGCGGCAGUGGCCGAUGAGGCUUGCUGCGUCUCCUCGAGGAGGGGGAAGGGCAGCCAUAUCUAUCACUGCUGUUACAGACGUAACUGAACCAUAGUACAACUACCGUACACAUGCGUACAUACACACACACACGCGCACACACACAAACAUACCACCUCCACUUGGCUCUGGAGAGGAUCCGGGGAAGACUGAAGAAAAGAAAAGAAGGGGGCUGGAGGAGGUAGUUUACUGGGAAGUGUUGGGAUCAGAAGUGUGGGAAGCAGGAGGGACAGAGAGAGCGAGAAGAGACGACAGUAGUGUUAACUGAAUUUUCUGUCCGUUCUGUCCAUCUCUGUCCCCCGGUCAGGAUUUUCCCUACAAAUCUCUCAAGUGUCAAGCCUGUGUGCAGAACUGUGGAAUGCAAACCCCACCCCCCUUCACCCUCCUGCACUCCCAGUACUUCAGCCUCUGCAAACCCAGUA